AUGGAAGUGUCUGUUCCUGGCAAUACAUCGCUUUCCUUGGAUAGUAGCUGUGGGUCUUUAACUGCCGAUCCACACAAUCUAAUCCAGAACGACUCAGAGGAUCUUUCUUCUAUGAGUGACCUCAAAACAUGUUUGACCGAGCUUCUGAACAUUGACGAGAACGGAAUAUCAACCAGUGGCUCUCACCUUUCCUUCGAUAAGAAUUGUACUGGAAAUGCGGUGAGAGAUUGUGAUUGCAAAGACUUGGGCCAGAAUGUCUGUGGUGGUAGGGCUAAUGGAAAAUGCUUAAGCAAAUGCGCCACAUUUCCGCCUGUUCAUGAACCUAAAUCAUCUGGAGAUGUGAUAGUGGGUGAGAAAGGAAAGCACGUGCAAGAUACAACUAUUGAAGUCUCUGAAGGAAACGGCUCUGCUAAACCUGCUAAUCCGUGCUAUGCACGAUCCACAUCGUUGCCUGUUCCCCUGAAGCUCAUAUCCGCUAUGAAAGGCAGCCGUGAAAAGCACAAUGGUACAUCACCCAAGAAGCUAUCCGUGGUGUGGGCUCCUGAUGUAUACGACCCGAUCCCAACUUCAGUCUCACACGUACCGACCGACAGGAACCAACGCCAUCGAAAUAAUGGCAGAAAAUCGGGCAAAUACAAGCAGAAGAAUAGCGGCAAAUCAUCCUCACGAGGUGGCAAGAGCAAGGACAAGAAACAGGUCCGAAAAAGCUCCGCUGGGCCCAGUAGUAGUAAUGGUAAGCUCAAACAACCUUUUCCGAUGGGGGGUGGAAUCGUUUUGGGCCGAAGUUUGGAUUACAAUGUUGUCGGUGGCCCGGACCCAUUAUGCGGGAGUAGUUUUCUGAAGGAAUCGGUCACCGUGUUGCAUUUUCCAGUUGCUGAGGCUACUUGA